GGAGAGACAGAGCAUGAACAGGGGAGGGUCAGAGAGAGGGAGACACAGAAUCUGAAACAGGCUCCAGGCUCUGAGCUGUCAGCCCAGAGCCCGACGCGGGGCUAGAACUCAAGGACUGCGAGAUCAUGACCGGAGCCGAAGUCGGCCGUUCAACCGACUGAGCCACCCAGGCGCCCCUGCUUAUCCCUGAUUUAAAUAACACAAGGCUGAUUUUGAUAGGAUCGCCGAAGAUGUGAAGAAGAUGAAAACAAGGCCAAAUGACGGAGAACUGAAAGAACUCUAUGGGCUCUACAAACAAUCUGUAGUUGGCGACAUUAAUAUUGAGUGUCCAGGAAUAUUAGAUUUAAAAGGCAAGGCUAAAUGGGAAGCAUGGAACCUCCAAAAAGGGUUAUCGAAGGAAGAUGCCAUGAGUGCAUACAUUGCUAAAGCAAAAGAGCUGAUAGAAAAAUACGGAAUUUAAAAUUCAGCUAUGAGAAAGUUUUUCUUUUGAAACCUUCAUAACGCUAUCAUGACCUCACAUCUGGAUAAGAAAUGCACGGUUAACUCUACAUGUCGUGAAUAUUUUUGCCAUUAACAUGAAUUGUAAUCCUUAAUUAGCGGUACACUGAAACUGUGUUAUGUAAUGAAAUUUUACUUGCCUAAACCAGAUGAUUGUAAAAGUUCUUUUUAAAAAAAAUUAUUGCUCUGGUAGUAUGUGCACACAAACAUUAACAAUUUUUUUUUUUUUUUUGGCUUACCAGUUUUUCUACAGAGAGUUAACAUUAUUGGUGUAUAAUCAAAACAGUUUAUUAAGAACGAGUAACAAGGUUUUUCCUUUGUUGCACCGUGUAGCUUUGGGAUUCUCACUGACCUGGGGCCUUGGUCAACCAUAGACAUCUGUGGUUCUUGUCCUUACUCUGUAAUUCUUUACUAGGUGACUGAGGCAAAUUAUGUAACCUCGCUAAUCAGCCUCCUCUAUAGAGUAGGGGGAAAAUCAGUCUCACAGGGUUGUAAGAACUGAAUGAGGAAACUGUAAUUAUCAUACUUUAGUUUAAAGCAUACGUUAUGAAAAACCUAAUAACAAAUAAGCUAAAUUUUUCAAAAAGAAACUUAUGAGUCGAUGACUAUUCAAAGAAGGAAAAAAGCUACCAACUAUUUUUUGUCUAAAUUUCUACAUUUAAGACAAACCAAAAAAUCAAAUGUAGUAUCUAGUAUUAAUAAACCUACGACUACUCUACUGCUUAAGCUCAAUUUUUAUCAUAGUGAAAAUGCAGAGUCUGGAAUAUCAUAUUGGCCUAAUCCUCAGUCUUUCUUGUGGGCACACAGCUUCCCUGGAGGAAGGUGGCCUUCUUUUAGCAGUUCUAGAAUCUGUCUGAGAUUGCAUAGGAUACACAUCAUCAAAACCAGUGUAACUCUAUUCCCUGGAUAAGGGUGUGCAUUUGGUAUGCUAUGACCAGUGAGGGACAGUUCAUUUCAUGUGACUUAAAAAAAAAAAAAAAAACAAGCAAACAAACAACCUAGGUUGACUAGAUGAAUUUCCAGGGAAGUGAAAAAAGCCAGUCUCAAAAGAUUACGCUGUGUAUGAUUCCAUUUAUGUAACGUUCUUGAAAUGGCAGACAUAGAGGACGGAAUAGUGAUUGCCACAGAGGACGGAAUAGGGAGGUAGGUGUGGCUUUAAAGAACAGCAGAAGGGAUCCUGUGGGGAUGGAAUGUUCUGUCCCUUGACUCACAGUGAACAUCUAGCUGUAACAUUACACUGAGUUUUGUGCAUGUUACCAUUGGGGGCAACGGGGUAGAUCUGUACUAUUUCUCACAACAACAUGUGACUAUACAGUUAUCUUAAAAUAACAAGUUUAAUAAAAAGAAAAUCUAGCUUGAUUCCUAUUCCGGAAAAUUUUGGAAAGUAGAGAUGACUCUCAUCUCUACUAAAUCUUCCCUAAAGAUAGUCAGGAGUCUUCGAUGAUGACGUCAGCGUCCAAAUCCAAGAAAAUUUAGACGUCAGCAAUGAUGGGGCCGCUCCUUCUAAUCGAGGGCCUGGAAGCUCCCAGAGCUAUUCCCAUGUGACUUCGCCUUCACCGGGAGGAGAGGCGGCCGAGAAGGCGCACCUCAACAGCCUGACAUCGGCUACAUCAUGCAAUUCCCAUUGUGGACCGUAUUAACUAACAGUUGUUCAAAUGAAUGAUCACAAGUCAAAUGACUUUUGUGUCACUCCUUCCAUAGGGAGCCCUGGAGAUGGUGUCACGCCAAAGGGUAAAAAGCACAGCAGGUACUAAGCACGUAUUAUGAUUGGCUUGAGGCUAUUUUUAGCUCAAGUUGAUUACAUGAAUUCUAACUCCUCCCACAAUGAAUUUUUAAUAUAUUUUUUAAAGAUUUUAUUGUAAGUAAUUUCUUCACCCAGUGGGAGGCUCACACCUACAACCAUGAGAUCAAGGGCCACACGUGCCACGACUGAGCCAGCCGGGUGCCCCACCCCACAAUGAAUUUUUUAUAUUAUUUGCUCUUCUGUUAGGAAUGAUCAACUAUGAAAACUACGUCCUGUAGGCAUUUUGCUCUACCUCAUUCACUAACACAGACGUGAACCCCUAUUAUGUGAUCAUUAGCAAACCGAUGCUUUAAAAUGGAACAUUGUAAUACGGUGCGCUGUGUUAGGCACCGGAAGCCUUCGGGAAGACACAUCAGUGGCACCACUUAGCGGGGUUUAUCGCGAAGACCCACAGGACAUGGGAAAUCGGGUCUCUGCACCGACCGGGUUCCGGAGACAAACACAGACUUGGACUUGCCAGCCCCAAGCGUUCGGUGCCUCUUGUCCCGUCAGCAGGAGGCUGUGACCCCACGUGCGGUGUUGUGCCUUCCGCGGACUCGGCUGGUUUUCCCUGUAUUUCUGCAUUCUCCCCUUUGAGCUCCUGUGUCCCCCAACUGUUCUGCUUCCUCCCCGUGUCCGCACGGCGUUGUCGCAGGGCGAGCCUGAGGCCUCGUGUCGGGCACGGCAUUCGCGCGUGGCCGCUCCGCACACCGGAGGCGGGAUACCAGACUGGCUGUCCUCGGGAGCACUCCUGCCGGCCCGAGUCCAUCGUUGCAGGGCGCCACCGGGGCCCACGGAGCCAGCCGGUGCCGGGUGUAGGAGGGGCCCGCUGGGAGCGGCCGGGCUUGGGGGCUUUCUGAGGACUGGCCCGUGGAGACGGCGGUGAUCGCUCGGGACUAUCUUAUUUUAAAAAACAGCAAGAGGUUACAUGUUCUCAUUGAAAGGGAGGACCCCACAUUUCAAACUAUGGAUCAAGCUUUGAACCAAGCGUGUUGAUGAAACCAUGUAUUUUCUAGCAUUUCCCCCCCUAUCAUUUCCACUGUUAAAAUAAUUGAAGGGAAAAAAAUGGAUGAUUCACCAAGCAGAAAUUUUGCUGACAGAUGAGACGCCUCCCACAGAUGAGUCUCAAAUGAGAUUCUGAUGUGAAGAUAAAGGACCCUGCCAGAAAUACUCUCUACCCAUUCGUCUUUUGUCUCCAGAUGCAGAAACUUGCUCUGUGAAGAAAUACAUUUCUGUGUAACACAUCACCCCUGAUAGUAGCAAAUGCGUAACUUUCCAACCUCUGAAUAAAGCUAACCAACUACUUCUCUGCGGGGCACCUGAGCGGCUCAGUCGGUCCAGCCUCCGACUUCAGCUCGGGUCGUGAUAAGGCGGUGGUUCAUGAGUUUGAGCCUCGCAUCUGGCUCACU